UUGUACUCGCCUUUUUUCUCUGUACGUGACAUAGAUUAUCACGUGGAAGGAAGCUGUGAAAUACGGAAGCAUUGCUUGGCUUACAUCCUGUUAGUUGGCAGAAUACAAGCAUGUUGUGUCUGAGCUCUAGAGGGGCUAGCUAUGUACCAUGGUUUAUAUAAAAGCAUCAGGAAUUCUUUUUGGGUGUAUUUUAUACAUCUUUUUUCAAGGUUGCUUGUCCAGAAUCCAUUCUCAUUCUAGUAAGAUAUGUACCAGUCAAGAUUGUACGGUUGACAUCAAUUGUAUGGUCAUCAAUCUGGAAUAUGUGCACUGCAGUUGGACCAGAUCACAGAUGCAAAACAUGAGCUAUAACUUCAGCAGCGCAUUUAAGCAUCCAGAUUCAUAUCAAGAGUGUCCACAGUACCUACAGGAAAACGGUCAGAACGUGGCCUGCAGGAUCCCCUUACAUAAAAAUGGCCAGUUUGAUGCAUUUUAUACAAAACUGUCCAUGGGUGGAAAUCUGACAGUCAAAAAAGAUUAUAAACAUCUUAAAGAAAGAGUGAAGAUAAACCCUCCUUUUAACCUUUCUGUGAACUGGUCUGCUAACGGUGAAUUGUGCCUUUACUGGGUGAACAAUGUCAGCAAGCCAUCUUGUGUAGAGGUUAUGAUACGCUAUCGGAGAGCUUCUAACCAAUGGCAGGUCUCCGCUGAAUAUCAGUCUACAUCAUAUUGCAUACCUCUUGUCCCCAUGGGAGUUAAUUUUACAUUCCAAGUAAAGAGCAGGAUAGGAAACCUCUGUGGUCCUGGUUUUUGGAGUGAAUGGAGUGCUCCUCUACAGUGGGGUAACUACACAGGAAGCAUCAGUGCACCAGUACCUCAGUCUUGGUGGUACUUGUGGCUCUUGGGAGUCAUUGUCCUGAUUGCCCUUGCUGUGCUGUUAUGCUAUAUUGAAAGGGUAAAGGUACUUAUACUUCCUGUGGUCCCUGACCCAAGCAAGAACCUGCAGGAUUUGUUCUAUAAACAUAAUGGAAAUGUUGAGAGCUGGGUUCAUGUCUCCAGAGAACUGCAGGAAGCUUUCCAUACAGACUACGCAGAGUCCCCCUGUGUUGUGUGUGAGCCCAGUCCCACUCUUAAGUCAAAAGAGUGCGAAAAACCUGUGCAGCAACAUUCUGCUUAAGCUGCUGUGUACUGCUGCUCCACCAUCAUUUGACUGCACCAACAGCAGUCAACUUCUGUAUAAUCAGGAACCUAACAUACAAUCAGAUGGACAGAGUGAGAGUAACAGUUUUGUUUUCAUGGGUUUCGUCAUUUAUGGUCUUUUUAAAUAUACUUUAAGGGCAAAUCCACAAAUUUUUCAAGAUGUCUAUAAAUAAAUGGGUAAGGAAAGUUAUUCAGAGUGGUUUGGUGUGAAAUGCUCCAUUCUAGAGAAACUUGCUGAGUCAGAAGUGUUCACAGUGGUGGUGAAAGGAACCAGACAUCUAAAGUGUUAAAUGCCUCUAAAAGCUGCCUCACAGAAAGUUGCCACAAAUUUGCUGCCUGAUCUCCAAGACAUUAUAAAUUGUAUUAUACCACAGUUUUGAAAAAUUGUUGUAAUUCACCUUUUAUGUAUUAUUGAGGUACUGACAUAUAACUAAACUGACUACACAUGAAAAGAAUAAAUACAUCAAAAUGUU